AUGAACUCCAGUAAUUUUACUACAGAACAAUAUGAUAAACUCAUUCGAUCCUUACAACGAAAGGCUCAAUGCGCCGAAAAUGACGUUCGAGCACAUCAAGAGGUCAUUACUAAGCUAGAGACUCAAUUAUCGCGUUCUGAAUCUUCUGUACGAGAAGUGAAAAAGCAAAUGGAUGCACUAAAUAGAGAAAAGCAAGUUUAUAACCUUGAGAUUCAAAACCUUCGUUUACAAGUGACACAAUUUGAAUCACAACAAAAGACUUUCACAGAUGAAUCACAAUUAAAACGUAAAGACUUGGAAGAAAAAUUAAAAGAACAAAUUGUAUUGAAAGAAAAAGCUGAAAAGGCAAGAAGGAUUUUAGAGAAUCGUAUGGAAGAACUAAUGAAUAAGAAGAGCAAAUUUAUGUGCUUUUAG